AUACGCGCAUGCGCAGAUUGUUUGUGAAGUCUCAGAGACGACCGAAAAUGUCGGCGACGCUGAAACCGUACCUGAGCGCCGUACGGGCGUCUCUAACGGCCGCCAUGUGCCUGGAAAACUUCGAGAGUCAGGUUGUGGAGCGACACAACAAACCUGAGGUGGAAGUAAAGAGCAGCAAGGAGCUGUUGCUAACGCCAGUCACAGUCAGUAGAAACGAGAAGGAGAGAAUCCUCAUCGAGAGCUCUAUCAACUCCAUACGGGUCUCCAUCGCCAUCAAACAGGCAGACGAGAUAGAGAAGAUUUUGUGUAAGAAGUUCAUGAGAUUCAUGAUGCAGAGGGCGGAGCAUUUCUUCAUCCUCCGCAGGAAACCCAUAGAGGGUUACGACAUCAGUUUCCUGAUCACCAACUUCCACACAGAGCAGAUGUACAAACACAAGCUCGUUGACUUUGUCAUACAGUUCAUGGAGGAGAUUGACAAGGAGAUAAGCGAGAUGAAGAUUUCUCUCAAUGCAAGAGCUCGUAUCGUUGCCGAGGAGUUCCUCAAGAAUUUCUGAGUGCAACAUACCUCAGCAGCUAAGGCUGCCACUCAUAAUUAACUCACAGAUUGUGAUUUUAGUAGGUAUUUUUCAGUUUCUCGUGUAGGUCUUACGAAAUCGUGUGUGAUAACAGCAAUUUUUUUCACAUUGUAAACGUUUUUGACUUGCAAGAGAUUAACAAAACAAAGUGCUUAGAUAUUGGAAUAGAAAUUAAUAAUGCAUGCUAAAACACUGUGCUUGGAAUGCAUACAUACAAUGUAUGUAAAUACUCACAAUUGUUACAAAAAUUUUAACAAUUGUUCACAAAAAAGAAUAAAAAUGCACAGAAAAGAAGAGCUACAAUUUUUGCUAGCCUUUGUUACAGGUACAUACAUGUGCAUCGAAAAGCAAUCACGUUUCAUAUAUGGUGAGCUCUAAUUAGAAUCAGACUUUAAUUGCGGCUUGCAGCUGUUCCAAUUUUAUUGCCAUGACGGAGAGCCCCUCGUCGUUAAGGGCAUCUUGGAGCUCACUGGAGUAAGUAGCAGCAAAUUUGAACAGCUCGUAGAGUGCACUUUCUGUCACAAAAUACAGCUUCCUCGUCUGGGCUGUCUCGCGGAGAUAUUCCGACAUGUCAUGGGAUGAUAGCUUAGGCAGCGACUGUACUGUGGAAUAGUACCUAUAGUGUGAGGGGAGGGUGUGGAGUGAGGAACAGCGAGAGAAAGGAUGAAGGAAUGAUGCAAAAGAGGAGAGGGGAGAUGGAAAAAGAGAGUGAGAGGGAGGAAGAGGAGAGGGAAGGAGAAUAAAUAAUGAUAAAAAA